AUUCUGGACGUAACAGUUUCCGACGCACGUUGCUAAAUUAGCAUGAGCUAACAUCUUCAAACCAGCGUCUGGACAUGGCGAAUGGGUGCAAUGAUGUGUUAUUUAGCCGAGGAACUGGGCAGAGUGAUGAUUCAGACAUCUGGGAUGACACUGCACUUAUAAAAGCUUAUGAUAAAGCAGUGGCAUCUUUUAAGACUGCUCUUAAAGGUGAUGAUGAGCCACAGGUUUCUAAGAAAAACCAACCAGGAAAGAAACGCAAGAACAACAAAAAGAACCAGGGCAGAAAACGUACUAAUGCACCGCCUGAUAAAGAGUGGCAGGUUGGGGACUCUUGCAGUGCUUAUUGGUCAGAGGACGGCCAGCUCUAUGCAGCCACCAUCUCAUCCAUAAACCACCAGAGAGGAACCUGUAUAGUUGUUUUUACUGGUUAUGGCAAUGAGGAGGAGCAGAAUCUGGACGACCUGCUGUCAGAGAUUUCAGAAGCUGACGAGGCGGCAAAUCCUCAGGAAAAAGUGGAAGAAUCCUCCACAGAAGAGAGUGAUAGGUCCACCACACCUAACCAACACAAACAGCAUCCACCCGGUAGAGCCCAGAGGUCCAAACCUCACAAACACCCACCCUCCAUGUGGCCUCCAGGUUUCCCUGGGUUUCCCCCAGGACCUCCUCCUAUGCACGGUUUUGGACAAAGGGAAAACAGACAUGGACCUGCUGGUCAUGGACCUGUACCUCCCUCCUGGCCUCCUAUGAUGCCUUUUGGUCCCCCUAUGAUUCCUCCACCUCCACCAAUGAGUCCUGACAUGGUGGAUGACGAAGCCUUGGGUAGUGUGCUCAUAUCCUGGUACAUGAGCGGAUAUCACACUGGAUACUACCUGGGCUUGAAACAAGGACGGAAAGAAGCAAACAAGUGGACAAAACUGCACCACAAAUGAACAAAUGUUCUGUGACUGGAUAUGGGCCUCCAUUGACCAUGAAACAUCAAUUUUGAUUUAUAUCGUUUCCUCAUGAAGUCUGAGGAUGAAGUUUUGUAUUCUUUGUAAAUAUAUCAAAUAAAGGCUGUCAGAAUA